AUGGAUCCUCCACCACCCGGCUCGUCCCAUGGACAACAGCAGCAGCCAUCCGCUUCACAACAACGACCGGCGCAGACGCAACAGCCUGUUUAUGAUACAAGUCAAGGAGGUCAUUAUGGUGCCAGUGCCUUGCUAUCUCAACAAGGUUUUGCACCCGUUCCAGAAUUCUACACAGGAGCGUGGGCAAAUGUAAACCAAGGUCUGCAUGGACAAUAUAAGGACAUUCUUACGACCUAUUGGCAACAAAUCAUCAAUCAUCUUGAGGGUGACACUCAUGACUACAAGCUUCAUCAGCUCCCCCUCGCACGUAUCAAGAAAGUCAUGAAGGCCGAUCCCGAAGUAAAGAUGAUUUCCGCCGAAGCUCCAAUCCUAUUCGCCAAGGGAUGUGAUAUCUUUAUCACGGAACUUACUAUGAGAGCAUGGAUCCACGCCGAAGAAAAUAAGCGUCGCACCUUGCAACGAUCGGAUAUUGCUUCUGCAUUGGCCAAGUCGGACAUGUUUGAUUUUCUGAUUGAUAUUGUUCCACGUGAAGAAGCCGCAGCUCACGCAAAGAGACCUUCUGGUUCAGGACAAGCCGCACCACAAAUUCCCGGCGCUGCUCCCGGUUCGGCACAGCUUCCUCCUCAACAAUCCAAUAUUCCACAGCAGUCUGGUCACCCCCCUCACCCACAAUCCAUGCCUCAAGAUUAUUCUCUCGGUGGUCAUGGCAUUGCUCCAGAACAAGACCCAUAUCGUCAUCAACCAAACAUGUAUCAACCACAAGUUCCUCCCGGUCAACCUGGCCAGUAUGGCGCACAACAGCCAAUGUAUGGCGAGAUGAAUGAGAUAUAUGGAUAUCCAGCCAUGCCUCCACCUCAACAACAAAUGUACCAAGUCCCACAUCAACCCCGUCAAGAUCCAGUUAAUACCGACGCUACGCAUCAUUACCCACGCCAGGAAGGUGGUGACGGCGAUGCUGAUGCUGAAGGCGAGCGUGAUUAUGAGGUAGGAUAA